UGGGGUGAAUACGGUAAGUGAGGCAGGAAAGAUGCAGACUAGCUCCUCCCCUUGGCUGCUGGGUGUGAGAGGCAGACAGCCGUGCAAUCUGGGGUAAGUGAGUGUUGCACAGGGAAGUAGAAAGCUGCGACUGCGGGGCAAAGAGGCACAGGCAGUGCAUGGGGCUGACGCCUGAACCCGUAAGAGUCUGCACUGAGGGAGCCAUUGGUGCCCUUGUCACUUACAAAUCACGGAGGCAGAGAGAGGCCCCUGGAGGGACCCGGAAGCAAAAGUGACCUGCGCUUUGCGUCUGCAAUCAGCUGGCCCCGCUGUAUGGGAAUGGGGGAUCAGCAUGAAGAGCCGCACAACACGGGCAAUACUGGCAGCAGCGAAGAAGAGGCAGACGAAGAGGAAGAGGAGGAUGGAGGGCGUGAGAGAGGACAGAUACCACCUGCAAGUGACAGAGUUUCGGCGAUCGCAUAUGACGACCGGGAGCUGGCUACUUCUGUGGACUGUGAGGAGCACCGGGUCGAUAGUAUUAGUGCAGUGCACUAUGAAGGGCCACUCGCCUCCUGUUAUCCGGAUACUCCCCCUUCUGAUAGGGACAUUGAGGCCGUGGGGUGCCAGCCUGGAGCUGGGACUGUGUCACGGGCACAGGGGGGUGGCUCGAUAGCUGUUAAGACUAGAAAGAGGUGCAGCGUACUUUGCACGGUGUAUUGCGUGGAGAGCGAUUUGUCAAGCGAUCUGCCCCCUUUGUACCAUAUUGAUGAAGGCAGCUUGCCUGAGCUUCCCACACGGGCUUCCCGUCUCAGUAGUACCGGCGAGUUGGCCCUUAGCCCCACCAGCCUGGAGCUGGAACUGUCUCCCAUCUUGAUCAGCAACGUGGGGGACUCAGCGCUCAAAGUGAUGAUGAGCUGUCGGGUGUGCUUGGAGGACAGAUCUCUCAAACCCCUGCCCUGCUGUAAAAAGCCCGUCUGUGACGAAUGCCUCAAGAGAUACCUGAGCUCCCAGGUGCAGCUAGGACAAGCAGAAAUCAGAUGCCCCAUAACUGAGUGCAAUAAACAUCUGGAUGAAUCUACCAUUUUGUAUAGCCUGCCACAUGAUGACAUCAUCAAGUAUAAAUACUUCCUGGAACUUAGCCGUGUGGACUCGAGCACCAAGCCCUGCCCACAGUGCAAGCACUUUACAACAUUCAGGAGUAAAACCCACAUUCCAAACCUCACCAAAUCUGAGAACAAGCUAAAAAUACAGUGCCCGUCUUGCCAAUUUAUUUGGUGUUUUAAGUGCCAUGCUCCCUGGCAUGAAGGAGUUAACUGCAGAGAGUACAAAAAAGGUGACAAACUUUUGCGUCACUGGGCCAAUGAAAUAGAACAUGGACAGAGAAAUGCCCAAAAAUGCCCACGAUGUAAGGUCCAUAUUCAAAGAACAGAAGGUUGUGACCACAUGACAUGUUCUCAGUGUAACACUAAUUUUUGCUAUCGCUGUGGGGAGAGAUACCGACAGCUGCGUUUUUUUGGUGAUCACACAUCAAACCUCAGUAUAUUUGGAUGCAAAUACCGCUACCUCCCAGAGAGACCCCAUGUAAGGAGAUUAGUACGAGGCUCUGUUUGUGCUGGAAAACUUCUCAUUGCACCACUUCUCAUAGUUUUGGGUUUGGUACUUGGAGCCUUGGCAAUUGUAAUAGGGUUAUUUGGUUUGCCUAUCUAUUGUCUUUGUAAAAAACAACGGAAAAGGACGCGGACAGGUAUGCCAUGGUAAAAAGGGGAGGCAUAAUAAAGCUUGAAAGAGUCCUGCGGGAGCUAUACAAAACGGCAGCAGAGAACAUUCUUCGGAAGCCACAUAGUAGCCUGGGACUCACAAGGACAGUUGUGGAGUUUCAGAGCUCCACCUUCAGUACAGUUCCCAGCGGCAAACUACAAUGCCACCUGUUCCUGGUGCACUCCCUGCUGGAUAUGCCCAGAAUUGCUGCUUAUUUUUAUUUGUAUUUUUAUUUUAGGACAUUAUUUUAAUUGCAUUCCUUACACGGAGAUUUAGAUAUAGCAGCUGGUCCCUAUUUCUUAGACAAUCAAAAUCCACUGAUGAAAAACUUUCUUUAUUGUCUUUAUUCUUCUAUAGCCCAUCUAUGGAUUACCCAGAAAAAAAUAUGCAUCUUAAUAUUGUCAGCAAUAUUAAGAUAACAUCUAUGUGAUUCAGAAUUCCUGCUUACAUGUAACAAGGCAAACAUCUAUUCUUCAACUGCAAGUUACACCCAGAAUGCUGCAUUUGUAAAUGUCAUACGCUGGUAUAAUGAACUAGUAAUCUAUUAUCUUUAUACCACAUGUUUGCACACACACACUCACUCACACUGCCUGAUGAAUGGGCUCUUGGCUUGCAAUUUAAUUGCUAGGUGAUGAAAUGGAAGCAGCAGUUCCUUUUAUCUACUAUUCAACUUCAUGCAAAACUGCUUGGUAAUCCAGACAAACCGGAUAGAAUUGCAUGCUUUUUACUUUAAGGCUUUUUACUUAAAGGGAACUGUGAUUGCACUUUAAUUGUAGGCAGUGUUUAAGACCUACUUGUCACAAAUAGGAUUACGUAUUUUUUGCUUAGUUUUUGAGGUGUAAGUGGUUUAUUUGGGUGCUUCCUCAACCUAAUACCUGAAUUCCAGCAAACAACUCAAGCAUGCUGUUUGUCAGUUGUACACUGAAAAUUGCCAAGUCAUGCUGGAAUCUGCUAGUUAGACCAGGAAAUAUCUGACAGCAAUUCACAACAAAAUAUUAGGUGGAGAAACUCAUAAAUCAUAUCUCAACUAUAAGAAAAAAAUAAGACUAUUUGUUAAUUAUUAACAUCCACUACAGUUCAUAGUACAUUUAUCAGAAUUACCAUUUCUCUAUUAGGUGGAUUGCACAACUAAACUAUGAAUAUUCACUGGAAGCUUAUGUUCCUGAACUGUGAACUUUGAAAAUCAUUAGUCCCACCUUCAUCCCAAGACUCCAGCCACAAUAGAUAAUAUACCAGCUAUAAAUAUGGCACAUAGAUUGUAUUGGUGCACAAGUUUUUAUUUGUGUUCUUUGUUCUAUUUCUUCAGAGCUUAUACCACUAAUAUACAAAGAGUUCUGUUCAGUUGAAGGGUAGGAUUGUAUUACAUUCACCACUGAUUAAUUCCCCACACAGUUAAAGGGAAAAUGUGCCCCACCCCCUUAUUUACAUAAGGUUAUGCAGAAAAAGUGCAUGAACAAUGAACUUCCAAAAAUAAAGGUUUUUUUGGGGGGUGGGGGGGGGGGGUUCCACAGACAAAACUGAGUCCACAAAUUGAAACAGUGACACCUGUAGGAAGCAUCUCUCUAUUUCCAUUGUGAAGUGUUGGAUUGUGGGACUUAAAGUCCACCUGUUUUUCACCCAUGUGCAUGGUGCACAGAUUCAGAGGGACUGAAGUCCCAGAAUCCAUCACUUUACAAUGGAUUUUUUUCUUUAUAUUUUUGGAAGUUUAUAAAACAUUUAUGCAAAUUUUUUACAUAUGUCAAACUGAUUUAGCUCAUGCCAAAAUGGAGGUAUAUUUUACCUUUAUAGAACGUAUCUGACUAAGUAAGUUGAGAAUAAUUAGACUAAUUAAAAUGGUCUCACUCUGUCUGUGAAUUGCAAAAAGCCAAUUUAACAACAGAGAGCUGCAUUAAAAUUGCUUUUCUCACCUGCAGUUAAAGUUUGUUUUAGGCAUUAGACUCAGGGUUUAGUUUCUUUCUUGGCCUUCCUUUUAUGCAAUGUGAUUGCAAAUGUAAAUCUCUGGUAUUGUCCUGUGAUUACUUGGACACAGUAGUGUUAGAAUUACAAAAAGGUGUAGUGUAAAAUAACGAAAGACAUUGCCUUUCAAGGAGAAGGAAAGGUUCAUCACUGGGGACUGCCAAAAUGUUUGGCACCCCCCUCCCCAGUAAUUGUAAUACAUUACCAGAUACUCCAGGCCAGUGCUCCUGCUAACAGAAAACUGCACUGCCUCAGGGUACCUGUGAACUUAAGCUUUUACUUUACAGCUUGGCUACCUUUAGUCCCUCCUUUUAACCUAGAAACAUUGACCAUACAUUUACUUUACACAAAUUUUUAAGUGGAGUUCAAGGUCUAGUUGAGGUUUGCACAGAAUAUUCAUAACAUGUUUGCUUAAAUGUAAAAGAUGCAAUAUUGUUUGCCUCAUUCCAAUAUUCAUAUGUAUAACAGCAAACUGGCAUAUAAGGACAGAACAAUAUAUUCCCUUCCAGUUUACUAUGCAUUUACAGGGAAUUGAAAGAAAGAAAAUCAAUACUUAGGCCAUAUUUUCCUUUUACGAUAUCACUGACAAUAAAUACCCCUCCCAAAUCCUGCUACUUGCCAAAUAUGUAUGUACAUGAAAAGAGGAAAGUGAAUUCAGUAUCAAAUAGUUACAGAUAGAACUGCAAUUCACUAUAUUUUUUCAUUACAAAGACAAAUGUACAAAAUCAAGAGCUGUGCUAUGUACCAGUUAAGUAAGCCAUAAACAUUGUUUAAUCACUGAGAUAAUAUGUGCCAAUUAAUUUAACCAACUAGAGAUAAGAAACAUCAAAUGUAGAAUAUGUUUGGACUAUUCUAACAAACAGUUCUGUAUGAUUAUCAUGCAGUGUAACAGUGUGGGAUUAGAACAUAAGGUGUUGGAAGGUAAUGUUAUUGCACUCAAAAUAUUUAAAAUUUAUAAUGUUUUAGGGACCCAGGUGAGAUUCUUUUCACAAACACACUAUGUGCAGCAACACUUAUAGAUCAUAUUAUCCUGUCAGUUACUACAGUCAAUACUGUGUAUUUUUAGACAGGGAAGGUUCAAGCUUUGCCUUACUGGCCGUUGAAGUACGGCUCCCAGCAUCUCCCUGGAGCUGGAGACUGGGAACCGUCAUUCAACAACAGAUAGAUAUUAGCAAAUUGGACAUUCCUGCACUGGGUCUUCUGAUGUUCUCAGGGCAAGUAAUAUUACUCACUAAACUAGUUUUCAAUUAGUAUUAGACAUGUAUAAUAGUGCCAAACUGAUGACUAAGUACAGAAACCUAACACAAAAAGUGAAAGUUUAACAAAGUAAUUCAGAUAUAAUGUACUCCAGGAAAAACUUGUUGGGCCCUGGUCUACAUGGAACCUGCUGACCUAGGCGCCUGCCUGUAACAAAAGUUAAUGAGAACUGAAGGUAUGUGGCAGGAGGUGGAGUAGCCUCAGACGGACGAUAGGAGGAGGACCCCUUGAACUGUCCCGGUGGGUCUAAGACGCUCCAAUCCAAACCUGCUGUUGACCUAUAUUAGCAAAAGUUGUGUAUUUGCUUCAGAAAUGCUACUAUAGAUUAUAUAAAUAAGCUGCUGUGAGGGUAGCUAUUCAAACUAAAUUAAUGUUAAAUGACAAAGGUUACAUAGCAAAUAACAGGUUCUGUGGAAUACAAUGGUCUUUUACAGAGCUUAUCUGUUAUCUGCUAUGUAACCUGUGCCUUUUUUCCAGCAUGAAUGACUGCCCCCAUGGUUACAUAGUAGCAUAUUUAUAUAAACUAUAGUCUUUCUGAAAAAAAAAACAUACACCCUGAGCUACUUAGUGACAAUACUGACAACUGCUGCUAAAACAUGAGGCAGUUAUCAGUAAAUAAUUAGCAUUGUCUAUUUUAGUAGCUGUGACAAGUAGCUGCUACUAGUAGCUCUGUGUGUCUUCACUCUAAAACACUUUUAUUUUUUAGUGUUAUUGUUGCUUUAAUUCACACCUUUAAGGUUUGAAGUUGUUAGAGCAGUAUAACUGCAACAGAUGAAAAGUGUAUAGCUACCCAAAAAAAACUUUCAUUGCCAGAUACACAGUCAGAGAUAAACUGAAAACAAGAUAAGCAGGGAAUAUGAUAACUGUAAAAUUGUUCUGCAGCAUUCAGUGAUUUUUAGCAAGUUGGUAUUUUAGAUGGUUUUGCUACCAGUAAGAAAAAGUAUCAUGAAAAUUAACUUCCUGUGUAUGAUACCAAGGUUCUGAUUCUAAGGGCACAUUUUUCACUGUUUGAGGUUGUUUUUGCAGAAUUUCCAGGAUUUAUCAUGUGAAAGAAACCUAAACAAUUUGAGAAAAAAAAAACACUUGAAACCUGAUGAAUUUCUAUAGAAGUCAAUAAGGUUUGUAUCUAAAACUUUUACACAAUUUAAUGCAAGCAAUCAAGAGGGAAAAAAUGUGACUGUACAAAAAAAAAAAACAUGUUAUAUACACAAGCAGUUGUCUCUCCCCCAAACUCCAAAACUAAUAAAUUGCCCUAAAGCAUGCUCUUCGCAGCAUAGUGGACAGGAGAAGCCUUGCUGCCUUGCAAAAUGUGCUCCCCUUAGGUAUGGUUGUGAUGCCUAAAUGGUAGAUUGCUUCCGUUCACGUUAGAAGCAAAAAUUAGUUCUUAUAUUAAGAAGCUUGUAUUCCUGAUACAUUGAACUCUCAAUGUAAAACAUUUUAAAUUAGGGAUACACCAAAUUCAUUCAAGUGCUGGCACAUUGAUUUAUCUGAAUCCUGCUGAAAAAGGCUCGGAUUCUGUGCAUCCCUUAUUUAAAUGGCCCUGCACUUUCAGAGAGCAAUGGCUUAAAUGUAGGAAAUUUACCACCCUGCAACAGGCUUUGACUUCUACAAACUACAUAAAUUCCUAAUUUCAGUAGGUUUUUGGGGGUUUUUUUUAACUCUAAGAAAUGUUCAACAUAACAUGGCAUUUCCACGUAAAUUGAUUUUAUUUUCUGGUUUGUGCUUUUUUUAAUGAUUUGGUGUUACAUAUUUGCACCUUGGUACAGAGCAGUGAUCCCCAACGAGUGGCUCGUAAGCAAUGUGGUCCCAGUGGCCUCACAGUAGGUGCCCAUUUUUAAUUUGUGGCUUGGACACAAGUUUUGGAAACUCAGAGACACAGCUUUAUAAAAAUAAAUAGCCAAUCACAGCCCUUAUUUGGACUUUUUCAUGCUUGUAUGGCUCACCAACACUUUUUACACAUGCAUGUGGCUCACAAGUAAGAAAGAUUGGGAAUCUGUGGUAUAGAGAGAUUAUAUGUUUUAAGGUGGGACUGUAAAUCCAAAGCAAAUACAGCAAUUUAUCUUAAAAUAUACAUUUGUUUAAAUCAUUUAUCAUUCCACAGCCAGUAGCCUAAUCAAUUUCUGCAUUUAUUUAAUAUAAAGGCUUCUGUAUUGAAACAGUAUGUUUUAAUGCCAGUUUAUAUUUUUAAAGCACACUAAUUGAUUAGACCAAGGCUGGGCAACUUUUCUCACUGCAGCUGUUGGAAAACUGCAACUACCAUAUCCACAAACGAGUGCCACAGAUCACUUAUAUCUUGAUUACAAAUAUUUUUGUUACACAUAUUUUUGCAUUUGGGGACUAAAAAUAGCAUCUGUGAGUUAAGAAUAUACCCACAGGUGCUUGUGAUUUAGUUCAGUUCUAUGAUCAUGAGCAAAGCAUACAUGCGGGAAUAAUCAUCAGUGUUGAACAUAGAAAGUAAAUAGGUUUGAUUAUAUUUUUAAUCCCUCACAUUGUCACAGACCCAUAUGGCAGAAUGAGACCAAGAUCAGUAAUGUUGACAUAUAUUGCAGAAAACUUCACCUAAAUGCAACCUAAUGUUAAAAUAAGUGUGAUUGUAGUCCCCAAAUUGUGCACAUCACCCUAUUUAAUUUUGCAACAUUUACAUAUGGUUUAAACAUAUGCUUGGCAAUGGAAAAUUUUACACUGUUUGCUCUAUUUUCACUUAAAUAAAUAUCUGCCACAUGACAUUUGCUUGAGAAUAUUGGACUGUUAUAGAUCUAGCUAUGUGAUAGUGUAGCAUUGAUAUGAAAUACUAUGGAGGCCAAAAACAAAUGCAUUUUUAAUGUAAUAAGUAAAAAUUCCCAUUUGUGUGUCAUACUAUAGUUUGGUACUUAGCAAAAAAAAUCUGUUUAACGCAGGAGAAUCCAGAUACCUGUUUUGUAGCUGAUACAAUUUUUAAAUAAGCUAGGUAAAUUAUAAAGCUCAAACAGUGACGAGAAAUCAAAUGUUUACACUUGCUGAGCAUGUUGCUGUAAGGUCUUGCUGCUUUAAUCCCCUUAUAUUCACAUGCGUCCAUUUAUCUUAAUAUUUGACCGUAAUGACAGAUGUCAUAACGCUAAGCUUUCAUAAUACCACCCUGCGUCUUGCCUGACAUAAUUUAGUGAGUCGGUAGUUUUACAAAGCUUUUUAUUUACGUUAAUAGCAUAUGUGCAUGCGUUCCAGGGUAGGGAAGGGGGAACAUUUGCAGUAGUAUUGUUCCAAGUCAUAAAGGUUUCUUCAAUUUGUUUGUUUUAAAACAUGCCAUAACAAUGAAUUUGCUUGGUUGUUACUUUUACCUUGAUAGAUGUUCUUAUGUAUCCCAGAUCAUCCUUUUUCUUAGAUUUGCUGUAUGCAGCAACUUAGUAUGGAACUACUUUAACUAGGAGCCAAAAUAGGUGAGACCUUGUAAUAUACAAUGUUUGAUGGAAGGGCAAGCAAGGCCCUAAACUAGUUGCCAUACAUUAAACGAGUUGUCAUACAUUAUUGGUGCUGCUGCUGCUAUUGUCUCCAGAAUUCUCAAGUAUACCACUGCCACAGGAGAUAGUAUACCGGGUUUGGUGCUGGCACUUUUGCAGGAUUAUGGUUCAGUGUAACACAGUGUAUAGUUGCUAUAUUAUCAAAGUGACAGGCUGCCAAUGAUGAAGCCCCUAUGUUUCCACAUUUAACUAAAAAAAACAUGAUGCAUAGCAAUAUACUUUUCACAGUGUGCCCUUAACUAGCAAUUUUGGCAGCAGGCAAAGCAAGCUCUGUUGUUUACAGAUUUUUAUAUAUAUAUAUCUGAAACUUGAAUCUACAAAUUAUGAUUUGGGUGCAGUUCGUUAUGUAGCCGUUUGCCUGUGGAGGAUUUGGUAUCUGGCCAAACUUACAAUACAAUACAGCUUAUUUACAAUGCAGCACAUGGUGUGUGGUAAAAAAAAAAAUGCAGCAAUUGGCCUUUUUUGCAAAUAGCCCCUGGUCUCUUGAAGAGUUUUGGAUGAUUUUUAAAUUUUUCAUCUGGCGCUCAGUGCAUAGUAGUGUCCCUCUGUUAUAACAGUCCUUUGCCGUAUUCUGGGGGAUAUGGACACGAGUAAAUUAAGAAGGAACCUGUUGAUACCACUAUGUAUGUAUGUAUUGGCAGUAAACCCAACUUAUAAAUAGUAUACUUUCCUUUAUGCUGUAUGGGCUUAAAUAAACAUCUCCCAUGCAGUUUAGAAUUUAUUUAAAUUCUAAUAUUUAAAAGUGUAAAAUAUAUUUUAAUUGGAGAAAAUUGUUUGUUAUUACAGUACUGGUAUUGUAGUAUUUUUUGAACAAGAAAAAAUAUUCAAGCAACUUCCAUUGCUGGUUAUUUUUUCCCUUUCCCUUUUCCUUUUCCUUUUUUUUUUUUUUUUCUUUUUACCAAAUGGUCAAAAGGACAUAUUGACAGUGUUAUAAAAUCCCCUGCUAUGUAGUCCCAGCUGCCUGGCAGUAUGUGAGAGUAGCUGUGCCCACUUAAUGUUCUAAGCACCAAUUGUAGGACAAAUAGGGAUCAUCACUGACUGAGAAGCACUCUGCAAGGGUGAGUUUUGUCUCCCUCAGCACCAGCAACCAUUUGUUUAAUGAUCCAUUGUGUAUUUUUCAUGUGCAUAAGAAUAUUGCUGCCAGACAUUUUUUUCUUUGCCUACAUUGCAAGCAAUUUACUGUUGUGAUGUUUUCUUCAAAUGAUCUAAACAUCAAAAAGGGAUUCAUUCACAAAGUAUUUGCUCUCUGCUUCAGAUCACAUAUAUUUCAUCAAUAUUUCAGGUGCAAAUUUCAUUUCUUUUUUAUUAUUUAAGAAAUUGUCAUUGGAACUUUUAUCAGUGGUAUAGACCUUUUUAGUAUCUCUGUGGGCUUUUUAAUUACUGCUAGUACCGGUUAUGGCACUGACAAACCAAUAGUACUUGUAGACCCCAGUUGCUAGUAUCUUAUUGACUUAGAGAUUUAGCAUUGUCUGUGUGUCUGCAUUAUAGCAUUUGGGAAACUGGGUAACUAUACAAUAUAUGACUCUUGUACUGUAAUUUAACUCUUUGUUUAGCAUUAAGUACACGGGCUGUUAUUGUCUAUGUAACUUAUUUAAUGAUGUUAAUAUACAAAAGCUGCACUUUAAGAAAUCAUUUUCAAUUGCACAUAACUUAAACAUGGCUUCUAGAUAAAAAGAUAACAUUUGGUUUCUUAGGCUUCCAUUUGGUGCUUUGUCAGAGUAUGUGUAUGAGGUGGAUGUGUGCAUAUACUGUUGGUAUAAACACACACAUAAUUGUUGCAUACCUGUUUAAGUAUACUUUAGUGCCUUAUUUCUUCAAUCAAAUGUUUUUCAAUAGCUGUCUAUAACAGUGCCGAACAUGGUUUAGUUUUUAUGUUUCUGAUAACUGUUUAGUUGGGCAUAAUGCUAGUUUUACUCUAGAUACAAUUACCAUGUCAUUUUACAACAAAAUAAAGAUAAAACUUAUGGUAAAUGCAAAACACAGGUUUAAGUGACUAGUCAUUUGAAUGAGCAAAAUGGCAGGGUAAUCUUUGAAAAAUAAAGGUUCUUUUUGUAUCCA